CCCUCGCUCUUCGUGGCGGCUGAAACUCCUUUCAUUCUCUCUCCCUUAGGGUUUCUCUCUAUCCCCUUUCAAAACCCAUAUUUUUUGGGGGGUUUCGUACCCUGUUUUUGAAGAUCUAUCAAUCUAUCAGCUCCAGCUAUGGCCGCCGUUGCUCCUUCUUCAGAUCAAGCUGCAGAUUUGCUAAAGAAUCUGUCAUUGGAUUCUCAAUCCAAGACAUUGGAAAUUCCUGAGCCCACUAAGAAGCCUUCUGUGGACACCGCUGAUGCCGGAAAUGCCCAGAAUCAGCCUUUAGAUAGGUCGGUUACCCCUUUGAUACCGGAUUUCAUGGAUCCGACAGUGGCUUAUUUUCCCAACUAUGCUUCUACUGCAUAUUACUAUGGAGGUUACGAUGGGACUACCAAUGAUUGGGAUGACUAUUCAAGAUACGUAAAUCCUGAUGGAGUUGAUAUGUCUCAUGGUGUUUAUGGGGACAAUGGAUCGCUUAUGUAUCAUGGCUAUGGCUAUGCACCGUAUGGUCCUUAUUCUCCUGCUACUUCACCUGUGCCAACGGUUGGUCACGAUGGUCAGCUCUAUGGAGCUCAACAUUACCAAUACCCGAGUCCCUAUUUCCAACCAAUGACUCCUACUAGUGGCCCCUACUCAUCUGCUCCUAUUGCUCCUAAAGGUGAGAUUACCACAUCUGCUCCUGCUGACCAACCGUCUUUGACUGUGGACACUGCUAAUGGAAAUUCUAAUGGCAUUGUAAAUGGUGUGGGUAUCAAGGGAGCCACCGGUCCAACCCCUGUCAGGCCAACAUCUUAUCAGAAUUCAGGCUUCAAUGCAAAUGGAUCCUAUGGAAGAGGGGUGCAAAAUGGUUAUCAGGAUCUUAGAUACGGUUUUGAUGGGGUUCAUUCCCCAAUCCCCUGGUUAGACUCCCCAUUGUAUUCUGAUGGUCAACCUAGAAACAAUUCAAACAUUGCUCCAGUUUCAAAUGGGAAUGGUGUUGCAUCAAGAAAUCAAAAUCUUCGCCCUCAUUCUCAUCUCAUGGGUUUGCAGAGUCCGAGGCCAAUGUCUGGUGUAAACACAGCCAAUGGAUAUAUGAAUAGAAUGUAUCCAAACAAGUUAUACGGCCAAUAUGGAAGCACCUAUCGUUCUGGCUAUGGAUAUGGUUCUAAUGCUUAUGAUUCCCAAGGUAACGGGCGUGGUUGGUUGGCAGUGGAUAACAAGUACAAGCCUAGAGGGAGAGGCAAUGGUUUCUUUGGAUAUAACAACGAAAAUGGGGAUGGUCUGAAUGAGCUUAACAGGGGACCUAGAGCCAGGAGUGUGAAGAACCAGAAGGUUUUGACACCAGUAACCUUAGCUGUGAAGGGACAAAAUAUAACUUUUGCAGCUACUGAUGCUGUCGAGAAGGAAACCGAGGUGAAGGAGAAGGUGAGCGUAACUCCCGACACAGAGCAAUUCAACCUGCCAGAAUUUCCCGAGACUUAUGCAGAUGCCAAGUUCUUUAUCAUUAAGUCAUACAGUGAAGAUGAUGUUCAUAAGAGCAUCAAGUACAAUGUUUGGGCUAGUACACAAAAUGGAAACAAGAAGCUUGAUGCUGCAUAUCAGGAGGCUCAGCAGAAAUCUGGACGAUGCCCUGUCUUUCUUUUCUUUUCGGUGAAUACCAGCGGCCAAUUCGUUGGUGUUGCUGAGAUGGUCGGUCCGGUUGAUUUUAACAAAAGCUUGGAGUACUGGCAACAAGACAAGUGGAUUGGUUGCUUCCCUGUAAAGUGGCAUAUCGUUAAGGAUCUACCAAACAGCUUGCUGAAGCACAUCACCCUUGAAAACAAUGAGAACAAACCUGUUACCAAUAGCAGGGACACCCAAGAGGUGAAGUUAGAGCAGGGAUUGCAGAUGAUUAAAAUAUUCAAGGAACAUUCUUGCAAGCAAUGCAUAUUAGACGAUUUUGAUUUCUACGAGGACAGACAGAGGAGAAUUCAAGAAAAGAAGGCAAAGCAACAGCAGUUCCAGAAACAGGUGUGGGAAGGCAAGCCUGCUACUGAUGACAAAAGGAAAGAAAGCAGCAUUAAAGUGGAAAUAGUACCACCAAAGACAUCUGAUAUUGGUCAAGAAAUUGCGAAAGAAGAUGCUUCAGGUGUUCAUAUAAAUGGGGAGGUGAAACUUGCAGAGAAGAAGAUUGUAGUAAAUGGGGUUGCAAAUGGUUGCUAGAUUCAGCCAUGUGCAUGGGUGGUGCUCCAAGGGAAAAGAAAGAAAGAAAGAUGUUGGGUUUAGAAUCUUGGAAGUGCUGCCCCAACCGAAGCGGAUCCAUCCUUUGGUCUUGAAAAAGAAUGUACACAAGAAGUCAAGAAGUAGGAGGGGGAGGUUGCAAUAUGGCCAUUAGUCUCGGUGUGGCCACAUGUAAAAUAGGAGGAUCCAGAUUUGGAAGCCCCAUGUUUAAUCUUUGUGGUGGGUUUAUAGUUUUUCAGCUUCUAUUCUAACAGGUUUUUCACAUCUUUCAGGGUUUGGGUUUUAGGUUUCUUCUGAGUUUUCAUCAUGUUCUAUUUUAGUCUCUUUUUUUCUUCUAAAAAUCACUUCUUGUGGCCUUUAAUAUUAUGUUCUUCUAUGUUAGUUUUUGUUUCUUA